GAGCAAACCGCUUUCUUCAAAUUGAUCAUAGAUAGGCUACCUUAACCGAACCUGACCCUCCAAAUCGAUCUAUCCACAAGUUGACUGGCCAGCGGUAAUGAGUGCAGCGAAUCCAUCAAUUCCGGAGGACCAGAUUGUCAGGUUGUGUCUGGCUGCUCUACGAGCUCGCGAAUUCUCUUAUUCACCAUAUUCGAACUUUCGAGUAGGGGCUGCCAUCCUGACGAUUGAGGAUGAAGUGAUUACGGGAUGUAACGUGGAGAAUGCUGCCUUUAGCCCGGGAUCCUGUGCGGAAAGGACUGCAUUUGUCAAGGCGGUCAGCGAAGGGAAAAGGGAAUUCAAGGCUUUGGCUGUAGCAACGGACAUUGACGGAGCAUGUUCUCCUUGUGGGGUUUGCAGACAAUUCGCGCGGGAGUUUUGCAGUUUAGAAAUGCCGAUAUACAUGGCCCAUAGCUCUUUUUCCUGUUCCGAAGACCUGGUGACAAAAGUGACAACAAAAACUCUUGGUGAAUUGUUACCAAUGAGCUUUGGGCCUGGGGAUCUUGAGAGGAAACCUUGAAAACCACAGUUUUGAUCCCUCUUUCAUACCAACACAUUGAUAGAGCGAUUCCAUGCAAGACCAUUGGCGGGAGUGAUGUGAUCUCUUGACUUCUUGCCCCAAGAUACAUUUGAGUCAAUGUUUAACAAGCACAUUUAUCCAUGUCCAUGGGAACUAGCAUGGCAUGAUGGCUUCACAUUACUAUCUUCAAAUGCUGAUAGGCUGAUAGUCCUCAUGGAAUUCACAUCACAUACUAUGAAUAGACAUGGAUCCUUCUUUCAGUAAGGUACCAUCUAUGGUGUUGUACACUUUUUAUGGGUAAAGAGCAGAAAACUACAAGGGCGCAAGGUUUGAAAA